AUGAACGAAUCUUGGAAAAUUCUCGGGGCUGAAGACUUUGACGGUCUACCAGAAAUUUCACAAGCCAACAGUGCAGAAAACUCGGACGAGAAUUAUGAUUUUUAUAUCAAGAAGGAAAAAAAGAGCAAUAAUGAAACUGUCGAAAUUGCCGAACAAACUUUAGCCAAUACAUUAGAAGUGGAGAGUGAGCCACGCCCGUCCUCGAAAUACUCUCUGAGACAACGUCAUGUGGAAGGUGUUUCGAAGCUGAAAAGAUCCUUGGAUACUUUUAAUAAUAAAAGUACUAGUUGCAGUGGUACUAGUGCUAGCACUACUGGUGGUGCUAUGAGCUCGUGUUUAAUUUCUGGCAUUCCAACUAAAGAAUGUAGUGAUACGAGUGAUAUCAAAGAAAAUGCAUCAACUGAAAUCAAAGAAGAUCCAUUUGCCAGUGAAACUUCGUCAUCUAUAGGAGAGGGUAGCAGUAACCAGAAAGCUGAUGAAUUUUAUCUAUUCGAACAAUUUCAAUAUGAUAGUUGGCCAUGUCUUCAUCAAUGGGUAGAAAUACAAUCACAGAACCCGUUAUGUCCCGUCUGCAAAGCGGGAUGCGGUAAGGAUAAAGUAAUCCCUAUAUAUGGACGAGGGAGAGAAGCUAAAGAUCCGAGAAUCCAUUCAGAUAUUCCAAAUCGACCAGCCGGUCAAAGACCUCAACCACGCCGAGAUCCAAACUCAACAGGAUCGCCAUUCUUUCCCGGAUUACACUCCACAACAGCAUUCAAUCCGCAUUUCUCGGUAACUUCUGGUGUUAGUCUUUUUCCUUCAUUUUUUGGUGCUGAAUUUGUAAGCUCAUUUCCAAUAGUUACUUUCUUAGCGCAAUAA